AACUUUUUUUUUCUUUUUCAAACUUUGACUCAUAGAUUAAAAUCUAAAAUUCAUGUCUAUGUUUUUAUAAAUAUAAAAACGAGAACUUCUUUUAUCAAUUAUAAAACUAUAAAUUAAUUUCUCAAAUAAUUACUUUAAUAUUACUUAUAAUUUUUUAUAUUAUAAAAUAGAUAAUUAUUAAUUAUGUGACCAUGCUGCUUCACCCAAACGAAUCUCCUCAAAUCCCCCAAAAAAAAUAAAAAAAAAAAAAAUUCAUAUACUCCCCCUGCGCUUGCCGGCCUCCACUAUUACACCAGUUUUAAGUACAACUUCCAUUUUUCAUCUUUCCACCUAAUUACACUCCACCACUCUUUAAGCAAAUUCUUAAUUUACUUUCCCCACAUAAAGAUUACACGCACAUCUUCAAUUUUAAUUUUUCUUCAUAUUACACAACAAUAUUGAGCUUUACUGUUUCUCCACCGCUAGGGAUUUUUAUUUUUCUGUUAAUGAAAAGAUUGAAAUGAAGAAGUUGAAAACGUAUUACUUACACCUUAGACAUCCAACAACAAUUGAGCGUAAGUGGAUCUUUCCACUUGCUAUUGGUUCAAUUGUUUCCCUUUUUCUCUUGUUCUUAACAACCCUAACAUCACCAGAUGGUACUCCACUCUUACCCAUUUACCGUUACUACGCUUCUUAUUCAGCCACCAAUGCAUUUGUUGAAUCGAAGCUUAAACCUCUGCAAAUCUCUACUGUACCUCCGCCGCCUCGUUUUGCGUACCUGAUUUCGGGUUCUGCUGGGGAUGGGAAGAUGUUGAGGAGGACGUUACAAGCUCUGUAUCAUCCGAAUAAUCAGUAUGUGGUGCAUCUGGAUGCUGAAUCUUCGCCGGAAGAGCGACUCGAUCUGCAUAAUUACGUGGUGAAUGACCCGAUUUUUGGGGAGUUUAAGAAUGUUCGGAUGAUUACGAAAGCUAAUCUGGUGACGUAUAGGGGACCGACUAUGGUGGCUAAUACUCUUCAUGCUGCUGCUAUUUUGCUUAGGGAAGCUGGGGAAUGGGAUUGGUUUAUUAAUUUAAGUGCUUCUGAUUAUCCACUUGUUACUCAAGAUGAUCUGCUUCAUACAUUUUCGUAUUUGCCCCGGGAUCUUAACUUCAUUGAUCAUACAAGCAAAAUUGGAUGGAAAGAGUUUCAAAGGGCAAAGCCAAUUAUCGUUGAUCCGGGAUUGUACGCGACUCAAAAGGCGGAUGUUUUCUGGAUUACACAGAGAAGAAGUGUGCCAACUGCUUUUAAGCUGUUUACUGGGUCAGCUUGGAUGGCCCUUUCUCGCCCUUUCAUUGACUUCUGCAUAUGGGGAUGGGACAACUUGCCCAGGACUGUUCUUAUGUACUAUGCAAAUUUCAUCUCCUCGCCAGAAGGCUAUUUCCAUACUGUCAUCUGUAACGCUCAGGAGUUCCAAAACACCACGGUAAACAGUGAUCUGCACUUCAUAUCAUGGGAUAACCCUCCAAAGCAGCACCCUCAUUACCUUAUGCUUGAAGACAUGCAAAGGAUGGUUGACAGUAAUGCUCCUUUUGCUAGAAAGUUCCAUAGGGAAGAUCCGGUGCUUGACAAAAUUGACUCUGAACUCCUAUUUCGAGGUAAAGACAGGCUUGUUCCUGGUGGGUGGUGCAUUGGAAGUCGGAAGAAUGGGACAGAUCCUUGCUCUGUUGCAGGUAAUAUCACCGUCCUCAAACCUACUUCAGGGGCAAAGAGGUUGGAGAAGUUGAUAGCAUCUCUUUUGUCAAGUGAUAAUUUCCGCCCCAAACAGUGCAUAUAGCAAAAAACAUGCCUUAGAAAGUUGUUUUUCUUAAUUAUAGUCUUCAGAGGAAAGCAAGGAACAUUUUGUAUCCAAUCUGCAUUAAUAUAGAGUAUGCUCCAGCAACACAAGGGCCUGUGUAUCUGUUCUUUGUUUCCUCGCUCUGUGAAUCAGGUUGCCCUGCAUUGAAAAAGGGUGCAACACCCGCAUUUUGAACUUGUCUUUUAUUAGGAUGGAGCAUUUUGACAACGUGAGACCUUUGGAGGAGAGAAGUGUAUCAGAUUUCAUUUCCGCUUCACAUGUGAAACUUCUGUGUAGUGUGAUAUGUUCCUUUUGUUAUAGUCCGUAGAACAAGAUUAAUUGGAGUCACUUUUAUGAGGUUUGCACAUGAGUUAGUCUGGUAAAAUAUAUCUUCUAUUUUAUGUUUAA